CAACUUGAGUUUAGCUAAUUCGUCAGUAGUUUAGUGCGACUACUGUUAAUAGUAAACAUCCGGUCAAAAAUGUCCUCCUACAAAGCUCGAGUGGAGGAGUUUAAGUCGGUUCUUGAGGCGGAAGUGAUUGAUUUCAAAAAACUUAGAAAAAUUGUUUUCAAUGGUUGUCCAUUUGAAGCUGGAUUGAGAUCAAAAUGCUGGAAGUUGCUGCUGUACUACUUACCAAAGAACAGAUCAGACUGGGAUACAGAACUUCUGAAACAAAGGGCUACAUAUGUUCAGUUUAUUGAUGAGAUGAUCAUCAAACCGGGUACCGAGGCAACAGAGAAUGGUGGGGUGUCUGAUGUCACAUUUGAUGAUCAUCCGUUGAACCCAAAUCCAGAAAGUAAAUGGAGGGCUUACUUUAAAGAUAAUGAAAUGUUACUACAGAUUGAUAAAGAUUGCAGGCGCCUUUGUCCCGACUUGAACUUCUUCCAGAGAGCAACAGAUUACCCGUGCAAUAGACUGUGUGGGGAGAAUAGUUUCGAAACUUUGAGGAAACGUGUCGAGAAUUCUGUGCUUCACUCGGAAUCUGUGUCCCAAAAUAGGCUAGGAAUAACUAAUAUGGCAACCAGUAGACGAAAGACGAGUGAUGAAUAUAUGCCUUUACCAGACGGUCAGGAAGCUCAUUGGGAGGUGUGUGAGAGAAUUCUGUUUGUGUAUGCCAAACUUAACCCUGGUCUCGGUUAUAUACAGGGCAUGAAUGAGAUUUUAGGGCCAAUAUAUUAUACAUUUGCAUCCGAUUCAGAUAAAGAUUGUAAAGAAUUUGCAGAAGCAGAUAGUUUCUUUUGUUUCACCACGUUAAUGUCAGAGAUUAGAGACAACUUUAUUAAAACAUUAGAUGAUUCACAAUGUGGGAUAGGUAAUUUAAUGAAUCAGUUAAUGACCACAUUAAAGGAGACCGACUCAACAUUGUGGUAUAAACUAAAGGAACAAGACUUGAAACCACAGUUCUAUGCUUUCAGAUGGCUAACACUUUUACUGUCUCAGGAAUUUCCGUUGCCAGAUGUGUUACGUAUUUGGGACUCACUGUUUGCAGAUGACAAGAGGUUUCAUUUCCUGAUCAAAAUAGGAUGUGCAAUGUUACUGUUGUUAAAACAAGAUUUACUCACGGGUGAUUUUCCUCAUAAUAUGAAACUUGUACAGGUAAUUAUAAAAAAACAUUUUUGUCUCCUUACUGACAAAUUUAUAAAUUCAUCACCU